CCCGCUUCUACACACCACCCCUCUGCAUCUACCACUCCUACAGCUAUAUAACUGCCGUCGCUGCAUUAAUCAUCAUGGCAUCUAUUCCUCGCCUUGCUCUCUCCACCCGAUUCGCGCCUCGUGCCAUUGCACCCAUCACCUCAGCUUUCGUACGACCAUCUGUAGCCUAUACAGUUUCUCGACACUUCCAAUCUACCAGAAUGGCCAGCCACCCAAUUGCGACGCUUGACGCCUCGCUCAUCCCCCGCCUUCCCGCAUCAUCUCCUACACUCUUCGAAGCCAAGAAGCAGAAGAACCUAUCCUUCGAGGCGAUUGCAAAGGAGUUGGGCCGCGAUGAAGUCGCCAUUGCCGCGCUUUUUUACGGCCAGGCCAUGGCUUCGACCGAAGAUAUCAAGAAGCUCUCGCAGAUCCUCGAAAUUCCCCACGAGACGCUUGAGACACAGCUUGCCGGUUUCCCUGACCGCGGCAGGACAAUGGAGAUGCCGCCCAAGGAGCCAUUGAUCUACCGUCUCUUUGAGGUCAUCCAGAACUACGGAUAUGCUUACAAAGCAGUGCUCAACGAAAAGUUUGGCGAUGGAAUCAUGUCUGCUAUCAGUUUCUCGACAAAGAUUGAGAAGGAGACGGAUGAGAAGGGCGAAUGGGCUGUGAUCACUCUAAGGGGCAAAUGGCUACCUUACUCCCGAUUCUAGAUCAUUGCAUUGCAUUUAAGUAUGACCAUGUAUAUCAAUAAAUAUCAUUCCAAGACUUCCUGCCUCA